AUGGCGACCGGGACAUCCCAUGCACGUUUCUCGUCGGGAGCCUUUAAAGGAAAUGUUGGUCAAUUCAGAGCUUUUUCUCUUCUUGAUAUCAUUAUUAUCACUGAUAUCAUGUAUUUUUUCUCAAGAGGUUUGCUAUCCGUCGGUGAUUCGUCACAGAAUCGACUCGAUAUUCCCAACUACUCAACUUUUCUGCGUCUUGAGGACCAAUGGUGCCUUUUUUGUUAUUAAUUUUGCAUAUCAUAUCAUUUUAAAGUUGAAGAUUGUUGAACAGGAGGGCUUCAUCUUUGAGAUUUUGAUUUUUUUGUUUUUUUGUGAGAAAAAAAUUCAAUUGAAAUCAUUAUGGGACCCGGUAGCGCAAAUCGGACGCGCCCAGGACGCUUCUGAGCAACUCUAGGGGUCACUUAAGAGUUCUGACACCUCUAAAGUGGUUACUAAAAAGCGCUUCCGGUUUGCGUUACCGAAAAUUAAAGUUGUCCAUGGAGCGCAAAAGCGAAGCAAUUUCAGCCUUUUCAUUUUUGAGAGCUUUUUUCUCUCUCUUUCACGUUUCCACUGUUCUUUUUGGACUUUUUAGAAGGUAUGGGAGAAAAAAGGUGUUUAAAACCAAUUUUUAUUAUUUUUGCCAAUGGAGCACACCUGUUUCAACCCUGCAGCUCUUUUUUCUCAUUUUCAAUCAAUUUUUCGAUUUUUUAGACGAACUGGAAUAUGAAGGUGUCGAGGUUGUUCAAACUUUGGACCAGUGGGAAACCUAUUCGAAAAAUCGGGGUUUUAAGAAAGAAGACGGAAAAUUACCUAAAAAAGAGGUAGUUUCAGAUACCUCUUCCAGAAUAAACGUAAAUUAUUCGUUUUAGAGAAAACAUUUGAUAACCCUAUCGGCUGAUUCGGAAUCUACUAUUCCAUUUUUAAUACCAGCUUCGUCGAUUGACCGAUUUUGUACGGGAAAUCAACACGUUGGUCGGUUUCCUUUGAAUCUUGUCAGGAAAAAAGAAAUUUUUUUCAGAGUUGAAUAGAAACGUCAGUGUGACUUGUUCGCCCAAGUUUUCACAAAAAUUUCAAGAUGAAUGUACGGGAAAUGAGCUUCUGAAUGCUCAGAAUCGGUUCAACAAAGUUUUCAUUUCGGUUCGUUUUUUUAAAGAAUUAGAAAAAUGUCGCUUUUUUGUAAAUCAGUAGUCCUGGAGAUGACAGAAAAAGCUUCGUUAUAAAAAUUCCAAAUAAACUUAUCAAGGGACCACUGAAAAUUAUAAAACAUUCGAGCCUUAUUUAGCUCUCUAUAAUGACAAAUUACUUUCCUAGGAAGCUCCACCUGAAGCUCUUGAGUGAGCACUAAAUCUAAAACUUAUAAAGGUCACUAAAAGCUCAAAAAACUUGAAGGAAUUUAAAAAAAAUUUUUAGCGGGCGGAAAACGCGACAGAAGCCCAACGUGUCGAAAUCGUUUCAAAUGUCCAACUUAUGCAACCGACUUGGAACGGUUCGGCCUGUUAUGGCAUUUUGAAAUCGGUUGGUUUUGAAGCUAGCUCCAACGAACUAUAACCCUGAUUUAAAAAAGGAAAGAUGAAAAUCGAGUGAAAUCCAUAUUUCUUUCGAGUAAACUUUCCUUGGAUGAUGCUCUUUAAUAUUUUCUUCUCUAUUAGGGAAUGAUCUGAGCUCACAGUGAGACUUUCUAAUGAAACUAAAUUCUCUAGAUGUAGUUUUUCAUGUUGAUUCCAAGUCCGGCUUCAAAAUUUCCCAAUACGUCUGUGAGAAAAGUUACGGACUCUCAAUUAUCGAAAAUUUUCGUGUCUCAGAUCGAGCUCGUUUUUGAGCUCAGAUCUUUGAGCUCAGAUCAUUUCGUGAAGAUCUUUACUUGCAACCCUGAAGUAACCACUUAGCUAUUAUCAAAGAGUCGAACGCACUACUAUUGCCUUGUUUUCUAGGCAACUCUAACUUUCACCGCCAACUCUUCGAAUUUAAUCUUCGCCAACGUUGAUUUGACCUACGCGACCCUGUCUGAAACCAAUUUGAAGUCUUUUCUUCAAACAACCAACGUCUUAUUCGUCCAACCGAUCAAGGAAACUUCAAAUGAAACGAUUUUUGCCGGUUAUAACGAUGGCGAGAUUGUCUAUGCUGUUAAUGGUGGGAAAUUUGAAAAGAAAGAUUUUUAAAAAGAGGUUUUUAGGGAUGGUAGCAGUUCCCCUAACGAUUCCAGCGCUUGGCGACUGUUUUAACUCGGAAAAUAUUGAUGUAUUGUUCAGAAGAUCCAUCUCAACUUCCUGUACUGUUCGGUUGGUUUUGUUUGUACCUUUCCACCUCCUAGCAAAACCUUUGUUUUAAAAAAAAAAUGUUUGAAUCUUUUAUGUUAAAAAUUCGUCACUUUUUAACGUCCAUUCUGAUCGUUCUUUCUCUGUCCUAAAUUUUGAACAUAACUUCGUUUUGAGACCUUUUUAAUAAUAAGUUAUGCUCCUUUAAGCUUCAGGAAAAUGUCACGAAUCGAGUAGGUCACAAAAAUUUAAACUAAUUUCGAAAAAGUUUGUUUACCUUCCUAGAUAAUUUUCUUGAAAAAUAAUUUUUUUCCUUUAGAAAACCGCGAAAAAAAUUGUAUUUGCUUGCAAAAAAACUGUACCCGCAAAAAAAGAAUAAUGACUUGCUUUUUCGAUUUCCCGCUAAAACCGCGAUCGCAAGAAGUCCCUAAAGUGAAAUAAAAAUUCUAAUUUUGCCCAUUUUUGUAAAUAGUGUUCUCUUCUCAUCUGCCAGUGAAUAUGCUCUCAUUUUCCCCCAAAACUUCGGAUUUUUCAGACCCCAAAGCUGCGCGGAAGCCCUGUCCUUGGCUCGGCAGUUCUACGGCCACGUCUACCCGCCGGAAAUCCUCUCGGCGCCUUCAGAUGACUCUCAUCCGGCCAUCGUCCAUCGAGCCAAUGUCUCCUGGGAUUCGGUGAGCGAUUCUGGAGAGGAUUGA